GCGGCGGCGGCGGCAGCGGUGGGUGAACUACCGCCAGCGCCCUCCGCUCCCUUGUCAGUGGGCUGUGAAGGGAGGACGCGAGGGCGGAGGGAAGCCCCCAAUGCCGCUGCCGGGCAUGCGCGGCGCCCCAGGAACAUGGCGGAGGCGGAGGCGUGAAUCCAGGCGACCGGGGCAGCGCGCAGCUGACAGACACGCGAGCCGCGCCGCCGGCGCUUUCAGGGACCGGCGGCUCCCUUUGCUUUGGAAACUGCUGUACUGAAAAGAAGAGUGAACGUUUGUGACUGUGAGAGGGAGAACCAGACAUUUUACCAUGGGAAAAACAGCAGCUAAAGAUUCUAAGACUAUUAAAAAAGAAAAACAUGGGAAGAGUAAUCAGUCAAGUAACCAAUUGUUAAAUAAUGAGUAUUUUAACUGGGAAAACUACUUGAAAGAAACAGGAUCCCUAGCUGCUCCCUCACAUUGUUUCAGACAGUCUAGAAUUCCACCUAGCAAUGAUUUCAAAGUGGGUAUGAAACUGGAAGCUCAUGAUCCUCGUAACGUUACCUCAGUGUGUAUAGCUACAGUUAUUGGAAUCACGGGUGCCAGAUUAAGAUUGCGGCUUGAUGGAAGUGACAACAAAAAUGAUUUUUGGAGGCUAGUAGAUUCAUCUGACAUACAACCGAUUGGAACUUGUGAGAAGAAAGGAGGAAUGCUUCAGCCUCCACUAGGGUUCCAGAUGAAUGCAUCUUCUUGGCCAAUGUUUCUCCUAAGAACAUUAAAUGGAGCUGAAAUGGCACCUGCAGCAUUUUUCAAGAAGGAACCUUCAAAGCCUGCUCCCAACUGUUUUAAAGUUGGAAUGAAGCUAGAAGCAAUAGACAGAAAAAACCCUUAUUUAAUAUGCCCUGCAACUAUUGGGGAUGUUAAAGGAGAUGACAUUUUUAUUACGUUUGACGGAUGGCGAGGGGCAUUUGACUAUUGGUGUAAAUAUGAUUCUCGGGAUAUCUUUCCAGUUGGAUGGUGUGACUUAACAGGAGACGCUCUACAACCGCCAGGGAACAGUGUUUCUAGUACAAAGAAUAAUACAAAAGCCCAAGCGUCCCCUUCCAAAGUGACACGGCGUUCAAUGCAAUCUCCACAGAAACUGGCUCCUGCUCCUGUGCCGAGAGGCAGGAAGCCUGGUCGGGGGAAAACACCGGCUCCAUCUCUUAGGAAGGGCAGGUCUCCCAAAAACAUUCCUGUGACAAAAAACACAACUCAUAAGGAAAAUCUCAAAAAAAGGAAAAAAGGCUUGAAACCAGGCAGGAAGAAAAAAAUCUUACCAGUGCAAUCUCCAGUAUUUUCUCCUCCGCUUAUUUCUGCAAAAGUGGAUAAUAUCACCCCACAGAUACCCAAAGAUGGGCCUACUAUUACUGGUGCAAUGACAGCUGUCAUUUCAACAGUUUGUGUCUAUGUGAACAAACAUGGGAACUCUGGGCCCCAUUUGGAUAAAAAAAAGGUACAGCAGCUUCCUGAUCAUUUUGGACCAGGUCCUGUGAACGUGGUGCUUCAGCAGGCUGUGCAAGCUUGUGUAGACUCUGCCCAUCAAUCAAAAACAGUCUUUGGAUUCCUGAAGUCGGGGCAUCAUGCAGGAGAGAUGAUCACUGCCUCCUUUGAUGGAGAGAAGCACGCCAUCAGUCUUCCUUCUGUAAACAGUGCAUCCUUUGUCCUGCGCUUCCUGGAGAAACUCUGCCACAGCCUACAGUGUGAUAAUCUUUUUAGUAGUCAGCCCUUCAGCCCUUACAUGGGGAGCACACACAGUCCUACCGAAUAUGAUCGAAACAAGCCAGCAAAAGAGGAAAUACUGGAUAACCGAAACACCAAACGGUAUUCUCAGGAUUCGCCACCUUAUACUGCCCCACUGUCUCCUAAACUCCCAAGAACUGAAGCACAUCCAUCAGAAGCAGAAACCCUGCCAAGCGAAGAAAAUGGCACUCCCAAAGAACACAGGUUUUCUGAAGACUCAAUGGAUUCUGCACUUAAUUCAGUCAAUCCUUCCAGUCCUAACUGUCGGAGUUCCACUGAAUAUUGUACCUUGGGGAGUGCAGCCUAUUACAGGAAUUCCCUUCCACCUGUGACUGCUACCUCAAAUGCCGCACCAAUCCUACGCAGGCUAUCCUCAAGUUCUGCUGGGAACAGCAAUUACUAUGAAGUCAACAGGAAUAGACUGCAGAGGAGGAUUGAAGCUGCAAGCUCUACAACAGGACCUGACCUCAGUGCACUAAAACGGGAACCUUCCCGAAUACCCAGUAAGGACCCUUCUACGUGGUCGAUCGAUGAAGUAAUGAGAUUUGUGAAAGAAGCUGAUCCUCAGGCAUUAGCACCCCAUGCAGAACUCUUCAGAAGACAUGAAAUUGAUGGAAAGGCUCUCCUCCUACUGAGAAGUGAUAUGAUAAUGAAAUAUAUGGGGCUAAAACUGGGGCCAGCAUUAAAGCUGUGCUACCACAUUGAGAGACUCAAGCAAGGAAAGUACUGAGCAGUGGGUGCACAACAAUCAUGCUGUGUGUUUGUUGGACAACCUCUCAGGUUCACAAAGACAGUGGGCACAAGAUGGCAAGGGGUUUUGCCUGAUCGUGUGUCUUUAGAAAUGGAUGGAAGAUGGCCCCAUUCACUUCAGCAAAACUCAUUCCCAGCAGAUUGUGUCCUUUAAAAAAAAGCAUUGUGAAGUCCUGAAACAUCCUUGGUUUGCAGAAGUUUCCUCUCAGAAUACAAAAUAUUUGUUUUCCAUGGAAAAGAAUAUUAGUACAUUCGAGUACUUAAUAUGUUUUUUUUAAGGUACCAGAAAAGGCAGUGUUGUAUUUUCAUGGGAAGCUGCAGCAUGUACUAUUGACUAUGGCUUCAGCUGGUGCAUCUUCAUGCUGAACCAAAAUAGCUGAAUUCCAAAGGAAUAAUAAUAAAAAUCUUAUCAGGAUUUGCAGGGGUCAAGAAAUGUUGGCCAGACUAAACGUUGAUCGGCCAGACAAAAAUUUCACUCAUCGAGCUAUGUUGGUACAUUUCUUGUCAGGAUUUUUUCACUUGUCAGACAUAAUUUCUCACUUAUCACAGACAAAUAGACUAGUGGAUUUCCUGAGCCCUGAGGAUAUGAAAGUUUUAACAAUAAUGGCUGAAUUAAUAAGUUAAAGGAAAAAAGAAUAUAUAUUUUUUGUAAUUAUCAAUUAACAUUUUAAAAAUCUGGUUCUCCAGGGGGUUAAUAUUCAGAUCACUACGCUAUAUAGAUUUCCACAAAGGGAAUAGCCAUAUGAAAUGUGUGUGUGUGUGUGUGUGCACACACACACGUGCUGUGUGUUUAAAGUAUAGUUAUGACUUCUCUUUUUAAAUUAUGAGAGGAAGCUUUGCAGUAUGUUGACAAUGUAAGCUGGCAAUAUUUCUUUUUUGAGAAGGAGGUUCUCAUGGCUGAUUUGAUCGUCCACUUCCAGAUGGAUGAUCAGACUUCCAGCUUGCUCUCUGGAAUACAUUGCCCAUAAUUUUUAAACAUUCCAUCUCUUUGUGGAGCUUGGCAUGAAUAGGAAUAUGUUCAUGCACUUGUAUAUUUAUGUGUGUGUGUGUGUGUGGUACAUACAUAUAUUCUGUACAUAUGUGUUCAUUUAAAAAAUUCUUUUUAAAGGUACUUUUGCACUGUGACAGAUGAAACUGUAGAGAGCAAAUUUUUUAACCAGUGAAAAACAAAGCAUGGUUCUCAGGCACAAUAGCAGGCUGUGUGCACAUUGCAGUGCAUUAGGAUCUCCAGACAUAUACUCGUGAAACACAUGGGCAAACAAGUGUUUGUCUCACCUGCUAGGGGCCAGGGUGAGAAGGGGGGGGGGGCGCCUAGAUUCAGUUCCUCGGUCACUCCAAACAGGAGAUUUCAUGCUUUCAGGACUGACUGCACUGAAGUCUGUUAGGUCAUAUGUAGUCCAGCAAGAAUUUACUGUGUGUGCAGUUUUAAUAAUGUGCAGGAUUUUAACCCACAAGACAACCUUUGCUGCACACAGAUUGCCCUUGCUGGCUAAAAGUGAAUGUGUCCUCUUACUGUUCAUGAACACCUGUCUGCUUUGCUUUGCAUUACAGGGGUGGGGGGUAGGGUGAGGGUAAGAAACAAUCAAUGGGUGGGUGGAUUCAUACAGGGGAACUCCCUGCACUAUGCAAUAUUCCCAGAUUCUCAUGUUGCGCUGAGCUAUUUUGUUCUGGGAAGAUUUCUGGAAGAACGUGUGGGGAUUUUGAAAAAUUCUGAUUUUGUCUUUUUUCAGCUUCUGGAAAAGUUGAGCUGCACGUGGAUGUGUGUGUUUUACAUAAAUCUUGGUGCUGUUUCUAUAAGCUACAAGAAAUUGUGCUGAUAGUAAAACAUUUUGCUGUCACUGCCAAUAUAAUAUCAGGGACAAGUAUGUACAUUUGCUGUGUAGGGAACCGAAUGUACUGUAUGUAAUAGUACAAAUGACCAUAGAGAAGAUGUAGUCCUAAAAGGAGGGUAGAUUUUAUAUUUCUUAUUGCCUUUUAUAUCAAAGCUUCUAGUUAAAAAAAAUAUUUUUUACACAUAACUGGUUUGAAAAUGCCUUGCUUACUGGUAUACUGUUUCUCAGGUUUAGGAAAAAUACUGCAAAAUCAUUUUUAAAAAUUAAGUCUUGGAAUUAAAUAUUUGUUGUAAGUUACUGCAAGAUGAUUUAAAUCUGAGUUCACUUUGGAGGUUUGUCUUGUGUUUUAUAAUGAGCAGUCUGGUACUAAUAUGUAUUGUGCCAGCAAAAUACUUGCUUCUAAGGACCUUUACACCUGCCCAGUGACGUGACUUUACAACACUGUUGCAGGGACAUAACACUCCUGAAAGUGCUUAGGAUCAAAAUGUAAGGCUGUGAUAUAUUACAUAGCAUUUGUGUGUGUGUCCUUCAGUUUACUUUACACAGGCACACACAGUUUAUUGCAUUGAAAAAUGGGAUUAUGAUAGCAAAUAUUUGAUAUGUCUGUAUGAAUAGCUGCCACCUCUGAAGCAAUACACAGAACCAGCAUUUUUCUGUAGUUUUUGGUUCAGCAGAUUAAGACAGACAGGCACUUGAGGAACUGCCAAAUCACUUUCUAAAUUUGAAAUACCUUUUUGUGACUCCGUUGGAAGGUUGGUUGAAAACUACAGAAAAACCCAAGUAGAGCACAUUUAUUGACACUUUGAUCAAUGAUGCUAGGAUCACAUUUUCUCUCUCUACUGUGACCGUUCUGAAUGCUGUUAGUAUCAAAAGUAGAAAAGAAGCACUGCAAAAGUUAAUGUGUAUUCUGAUCAAUAUGGCUCUUUCAUUCCACUCAGUGAAACAGAGUAUUCAGUAGUGGAUCUGAAUAUGAAAGAAUCAAAAUUGUGCACAUGUGUUAAUCUUCGAGAUUUCAGCUAGUGCCUCUGAAAAUACCACAACCAUUGUUCAAUUUAGUUUUAUAUAAGCUACAGAUGGUUUUUAAAAUGUUCCAUACAUGUCCUUAUUAAAUGAAAUUAUGGCUUCCAUCACAUUUUGCCAGUGUGUUAUGCUGUGUUAGCAUUGCAUUGUGCAAAAGGUGUGUAUUGCUUACACACACCUGCCCGUGAAACAAAUGUCACCAUGAAAUUUAACCUUGUAUUAUAGCAUGAUGUUAAAGUCUGUCAUGUGUUUGUAACAGAAUAUAUUUUUAAUUGUUUAUUUUCAACUGGAUGUUAUCAUCUAAGCAGAAAAUAAAACUUGAUCAGUGUUUACAUGUCAA